AUGUCGAGAAACCUCUGCUUCAUCGUUGUAGGGGGGAUAACGAGACAGGUUGCUCCCGAAAAUGACCCUUCUAGCCUGGUUGGAAAGCUCAAACAGUGGUUUCCAAACUGCCGAUGUAUCGUACACAAUCUAUUUGUUGAGCCCACAGGGAAAUUUUCGAAUGGAAAACAGUUAAUCGAAGAGGAAGCGAAGCAUUUACUUGAUAAAGUCUCCCUCGAUUUCGACAUCAGAUCCAGGCUCCAAGAUGAAGGGAGUUUUUCGAAGGACCAGGGUUCCGCACUCCCACUCUCAGAACUAGUCUUUUUUGGACAUGAUCUUGGGGGUUCUGUGAUAAUGAAGGCACUUGUCCUUGCACAUAGGGAAGACCCGUUCUACCGAUCAGUUUUAGAAAACACAAUAGCAACAGUUAUAUCAAAAUAUUCAGCUACCAGUGGCGCAUUUACUUCAGAGAGCUUUGGCGUUUCAAGCGACCACACAAACCUCUGCAACAUUCAUAAUGGGGAGCCACUAGCUAAAUGGCUAGAAGUUAAGCUCAAAAGUCUCGAGAAUGUUGUUGAUGAGACAGCUUCUGUUCUUGAUCAGUAUCGAAAUUUCGCCCGCGAGUUGGCUAAAAUCGACCCAAACUUGCAUCAGAUGCCAGAGAAACUACCCGCCUAUUGUUCCAUGGACUGGGUCAACACUCAACCGGGCUGUAAGAAUUGGGAAAGUGCCAAAGACAUCGAAUUCUUGUACAUCUGCGGAAAUCCCGGAUCCGGCGCGUCGGUUCUCGCCUCCCACAUUGUUAGCUUGGUCCAAGAGGCACAUUGGAAGAAGGAAACAUACUUCCUCAAUUUCUCGUUCAAAGAUCAAGAACUGUAUGGCUCUUCGACGGAAGCCAUGCUUCUAUCUUUUGUCCAUCAGCUCCUGUCACAAAACCCAAAUUUGUUUCGUCAUACGGCCCGUCUCUCCACAUGGAUCAUCCAAAGGAAAUGCAUCAAUGAAAAGUCCUUAUGGGCCGCGUUUUGGUCUCUCGUUUCCCACAUUGACAAUGGCCAGAUAGUCGCAAGUAUACGAGCAGUUCAAGGAUUCAGCUCUGUGUUUGACUUCGCCCUCAGCUAUCUAUCUUCGCUCCGACGCCUUCCAAAUUUGGUUGUAAAGAUCAUCAUAGCGAGCGAUGACGGAAAUGAAGGGAGUCCUUCAUGGGCCGGAUUCUUGGAAGGAAAGCAACUGCAUACGAUUCGGCUGGAAAAUGACGAGGGUGUGGGUUGGAGGCAUUCCGUCGAAGAACUGGUUCAAUCUCGAGUCGACCGACUACUUGAAUCCAGAGCCUUUUGCAGAGACUUGGGUGGUAUGAUUAUGGACAACUUCUGGUCUUCAACGCCAAGCCUAUAUUGGGCGUUAGCCAAGGUAGAUCUGUUGGAAGCACAAUUGUCCCAUAUGCUGUCUACCAAACGGAACAUGCUUGAGAGGCUUGACCAUUUUCCGUCAACUAUUUCUGACCUCUUUGACGCAAUGCUCCGGAGACUUCCGCUUGGCUAUAUCAACUGGAUUCAGCCUGGUGAAGGAUUGUCCUGGAUCAUCUAUGCUGCACGGCCCCUGAUGAGCUCGGAAUUCGCUGUGGCCGUGGCAUUCGACCAGAUUAGUGCCACUGCUCCCUUGGAAUUCGACAAGUGUCUGGACAAGAUCUCGUCAGACCUUCCGGGAGAUGUGAAUCGCAUCGCGGGCAACUGGGUCAAAGUCCACGAUGAGAGGGUCUGGUUUGCUGACGCCGUGCUGAAAGAUGCGUUCCGUGCUCAACACAAAGAAGACAGAGGCGAUGAUGCUGGCAGUCCAACAUGGGCACUCGGAGAUCGCCUUGAGACUUUACGAGAUGCAAUCAUCUUGUACGACUCCCCAGUUACACAAAGCCGCCGCAGGAGGGUUGGACAAUGUUCUCAGUGCCUUCCUCACGUUCGAUUCGUGAAGGCAUCUGUAAACGGAUACGACAACGCUGGAUAUACUCCCCUGCAUUAUGCUGCCCAGUACGGAUACUUAAGCACGGUAAAAUUGCUGCUGGAGAACGGAGCAAGUGCUAAACUCACAUCUGACGAUGGAACUGAGACAAACGCAUUACAUAUCGCCGUGCGGGUCUCGAACUUGUACAUCAGCGAGUUACUCAUCGGAAGAGGCGCCGAUGCAAGAGCACGAGACUCGGCUGGAUACAAUGCCGUGGCGAUAGCUGCCGAAGGAGGUUUUGAAGAUCUGAUAUGGUUCUUUAUGUUUCACGAGGAGGAUGCUCAGAUGGUUCAGGAAAGUGCGGACAUCAAAGCCGUCAAUGCCAACCAUGAGACUCCGCUCCAUCUGGCUGUCAGAGGAGGAUUUAGUGGCACUGUUGAGUUCCUACUCAAGAAUGAUAAAGUGACGCAAGCCUUGACCAAGAAAACUCAGCAAGUUCGCGACGACGAAGACAAUGGCGAAGCUGUUGCCUUAUAUGAAACCUCCUCGCGUGACGAGAGUCAACGGAGUUCGGCAUCGCCAUUGCAAAUUGCGGCGGAACUAGGCUACACCGACAUCAUCCGGCUGCUUCUGACAUAUGAAAACUAUGCCAUAUUUGACGAUAUCGAUCAGUCUCUCAGAUUGGCAGCCGCCGAGGGCCACGCAGAAUGCGUGAAGGUUCUCGUGGACAAAACUAGAGCCAUUGAUCCUGUGGACGCAGAAGGAAACACCGCCCUCCAUUUAGCAGGCAGCCAUGGUCACGCAGAGGUAAUUAGUAUUCUACUAGACUCUGCAAAAUUCAGCAAAGAUCUUCCCAAUGAGGGAGGAAUGACAGCAAUGCAUUUUGCCGCGAGGGAAGGCCAGGCACAAGCGGUGAUGGCUAUGUUGGAGCAUGGAUGUGCGGCAGAGAUAAGCACUGCCAAUGGAGAUACUCCAAUGCACGUUGCAGCAGCAAAGGGUAAUGUCAACGUUUUAGAGGUUCUAUGUGCCGAGAAACCCAGCAUUAGAAACAUAAAGAAUCAUGACGACGAAACGCCCUUGAUUCUUGCAGCAAAAAGGGGACUUGUGGCCGUUGUUAAGCAGCUCCUUCAUGUCCCUGGCUCGGUGUCAACGAGCAAAGAGACCGGUGGUGAGAGUCUUUCAGAAGUCUGGGGGGGUUUCUAUCCUCUUCAUACCGCUGCGUUAGAAGGUCACGACGAGCUAGUACGAUUUCUAGUCACUGAAGAGGGAUACGACAUCAACAUUCGUCGGAGUUCGGAUCAGCAAACUCCCCUCCACAUUGCCGCGCAAAGCAAAUCGGCAACUAUGAUCACAUUGCUAAUGGAUCUGGGUGCGGACGUGGUUGCCGCUGACCAAGACAAGGAUACAGCACUUCAUAUUGCCGUCAUGAACAGCCUCGAAGCAUGCAGGGCGCUCCUCUCGCACAUUUCUGGCUCUGGGGUCAAAGCGAUAAAUCUUCCCGGAGGCGACGGUGAAUCGCCACUGCACCAAGCAUGCGCUUGGGGACAUAUUGAAAUCGUGAGACUGCUCGUCGACAAAGGGGCUGAUUGCCAUAUGAGAAACACUGAGGGUUGGACGUCUCUUCAUACCGCAGCGAGUUGGGGCCAAUCGAGCGUUGUCACAUUGCUCUUAGUCAAGGGUGCGGAUUAUCGAGCUCUAACAGAUUCUAAAUCCACACCGAUCAUUCUUGCCGCCGAAAAUGGUAGUGCUGAGACGAUUGCAGUGCUGAUCGAGGCUGGUAGAGCCGCCGACGCCGUCAACUCGGAGGGAGCAACAGCGCUGCAUGGGGCGGCCCAGGCUGGACAUCUCGAUUGUGUUGAGCUCCUCGUUGAGAAAUGCCAUGUAGACUAUAACCUCUCCAUGGAAUGCGGCCGGACGCCGCUGCAUCUCGCGGCUGGAAAGGGGCAUGUCAAAGUGGUGAAGUAUCUUCUGGAAAAAGGGGUACAACUAAGAGCUAGGUCGGAGAUAUUCGGAACCCCAUUGGACUCCGCAAUGUGGAAUGGCCAAAUUGAUGUUAUUGAGUUUCUUGUCGAGAAUGGUCUCACCACCACGGUGGACUUGUCUUUGACCAAAUCGUGGGGGAACAACGCAACACUACUGGAGUUUGCACUAUGGCGUCCCUCGAGCUUCAAGCUCGACAUCUCGGUUCACGCACUGCAACAAGCCAUCACCUCAUCUGAUGACAGACUUAUAUCGUUUCUCAUUGAGAAGAUACCGGGUGUAAACGAAGAGUGCGAGCCAUACAUGACCGUUCUGCAGGCGGCAGCACCGAGGGGCAACUUGUCAGUCCUGGAGAAGCUUCUCGUGAUGGGCGCCGACCCCAACAUAAAGGGGGGAAAGUUCGGCAGCGCCCUUCACGCGGCCAUCAUCGACCGAAACCCACGAUCGGUCAAGCUGCUUCUCCAACAUGGUGCCGAUCCGGCUGUCGAGCACGAAGGACAAGGGGCGAUCUUCAUCGCUUUGCGGCUCGGCGACCUCGAAGUCAUCACAGCUCUCCUGGACAACAUGGACAGCACGGCGAGGGCCGCAAAAGACACAAAAGGACGUAGCCUGCUAGCCUGUGCAAUAAAGUUGAGGAAUCAAACUUUGGCUGAUCAGCUCGUCUCCAUGGAAGAUGUCUCCAUCUACGACAAGGACGUUGGUGGACGGACGCCGCUGAUGGAGGCCGUCAUACGUAAUAACGCCUACAUCGUCAAGAAGUUGUUGGAAAGGGGAGCAGAUCCCAAUGCCAGCGACACAGGGGGGAAGACACCACUCAUCCGGGCCAUAUUCUCUCUAGAUACCGACGGCGAAAUCGUAAAUUCCCUUCUGGAACAUCCCGAUUUGGACCCAGCAAUCAAAGACUACCGAGGGCGAACUUACGCCUACUGGGCUGCCCGACUAGGCCGUGGAAGGGAUGCCAUCGAGUCCAACGUUAGUGAGACAGUGAAGGCUGGAAUCAACCGGCGCCUUCCUAGCAACCCAAACCUGGUUCUGCAUGCGGCGUUUGCGUCGGGCGAGGAGAGUGUUGUGAUGGAAACCAUUCGUGACAUGCAAAGCGAGGAGGACUGGAUCGAGCUGGACGGGGAUGACUGGACGGCAUCGUACACUGCGACUAGGUACAAGGUGAAGAACAUGGAGAAGUUCGCGGCCAAUAUCCUCACCCCAUUCGGGCCGGGGCGUCGACAGCCGCAGAAGUGGCACAUAGAGGAUAAGUCGCGGUGCUUGCAAGUCUCAGACGAUGGUACAGUUGUCACGGUUAUGACUGGCCGCCCAUCAAAUUGGGUCUAUCAAUGUCAGUCAAGCGCAGUAAUCCGUGCUGACCAUGCCAUGCCUGGCGAUCAAAUGUACUACUUCGAGAUCGAAAUAAUGGAGGACGCUAACGAUAACCUCAUUCACGUGGGAUUCUGCGAGGAGCAUUCACCCCUGGAUCAACAGUUGGGCUGGGGUGUAGCAACCUGGGGAUACUCCAGAGCUGACGGGGGAUAUUACACUGUGGGCGGAACGACUAAGUAUGGGCCGACGUAUGCGAAGGGAGAUGUCGUCGGGUGCGGCGUGGACUUUGACAACGAGGUUGCUUUCUUUACAUUGAAUGGUGAUUGUCUUGCGUUCCGAGAUAUCAUGGGUAAGUUGUACCCGGCGGUUUCCUUUGAUGCCCAUUCCCAAGGCUGUAAUGUUUUGGCGAAUUUUGGACAGAAACCGUUCAAGUUUGACACGUCAACGUGGUACUUCGAGGAGCCGCCAGCUAAGCAACCGACGAGACCCGGCAAUGGGAGGCGUCGCAGAAUCCGCCGGAGCUUUUGA